AAGACGGCCGCGGGUUGGAGUUCCGGGGAAGCCGCUCCCGGGGGUCAGAGCGACGCGGAGUGCGGCGGUCACCACAACUGCAGUGUGUGAAUGGCGGAGCGAAAGCUGCUGGUUCUUUAUGGAAGCCAGACCGGCACAGCCCAGGAUGUGGCUGAACGCAUCGGCAGGGAAGGCAAGCGGAGGCAUUUCACAUGCAGAGUCACAGCGUUGGAUCAUUACACAUUAGCCGACCUGAUCUAUGAGCCCCUGGUCAUGUUUGUGUGUUCCACCACCGGGCAGGGAGAAUCUCCUGACAAUAUGAAGCACUUCUGGAGGUUUUUCUUCCGACGAAACCUUCCUGCAAACUCUCUUUGUCUCGUGGACUCUGCUGUCCUGGGUCUCGGUGACUCCUCCUAUCCCAAGUUUAACUUUAUCGCAAAGAAACUGAGGAAACGUCUGGUCCAGUUGGGAUCCAAUCCUCUGAUGACCCUGGGAUUAGGCGAUGACCAGCAUGAGCUGGGACCAGAUGCUGUGAUUGAUCCCUGGCUGACUGAAUUUUGGGCAAAGGCCUUAAAACUCUAUCCACUGCCUCAGGGAGUGAAUGAGCUCAGCGAUGAUGUCUUAUUGCCAUCAAAAUACAGCUUUCAGUUUCAGGAUGAAACGAACAUCGACGUCCCUGUGCAAGCGUUGGAUAUGAACGGGAGAAACGGAAAGCCUCCAUCACAGGUUCAACCAUUCCACGCCAGGGUUCUUUCCAAUCGGAGGGUCACUGACCCUUCGCACUUCCAGGAUGUACGGCUCAUGAAGUUUGACAUCGCCGGCUCUGGCAUUGAAUACUCAGCAGGAGAUGUGGUGAUGAUCGAACCUCGAAACUCACUGGAGAGUGUGCAGCAGUUCUGUCAGCUGCUGCGACUCGACCCGCACAGCAUGUUUUUCCUGAAACCCAAUGAUUCAGCUACGCCGCUUCCUGCUCGAUUGCCGCAGCCGUGUACUGUCCAGUAUAUGGUGGAACGUCACCUGGAUAUUAAUGGCGUCCCACGCCGCUCGUUCUUCGAGCUCUUGUCACACUUUUCCGUGGAUGAGAUGGAGCAAGAGAAACUGAAAGAAUUCAGCUCAGCCAAAGGCCAGGAGGAAUUGUACAGCUACUGUAACAGGCCUCGCAGAACCACAUUGGAGGUUUUAUUUGACUUUCCUCACACCACUGCCAUCAUUCCACAUGACUAUCUCCUAGACCUCAUUCCCGAAAUGCGACCACGUGCAUUCUCCAUAGCCUCCUCCCAGCAGGCACAUCCUGAUCAGCUCCACAUCCUGAUGGCUGUCGUGCAGUACAAAACCAUGCUGAAGAAGCCGCGGAAUGGACUUUGUUCCAACUGGCUGGCCUCCCUAGAUCCCCAGCAAGGUGAGGUGAGAGUGCCAUUAUGGACAAAGAAGGGUGGACUGCGGUUUCCUACAGACGCAAAAACACCGGCUAUAAUGGUCGGACCCGGCACAGGGGUGGCCCCAUUCCGAGCAGCAAUACAGGAACGUGUCGCUGAGGGGAAGCAAGACAAUUGCCUGUUUUUUGGCAGCCGUGGAAAGUCCAAGGAUUUCUUUUGCCAAGCAGAAUGGGAAGAGCUGACUCAGAAAGGCUGCCUGACUUUAUUCACAGCCUUUUCCCGAGACCAGGAGAAUAAAAUCUACGUUCAGCAUCGGAUAAAGGAGAAUGGACCUCUCCUUUGGGACUUACUUCACAACAAAUGUGCCUUCUUCUACAUCGCAGGGAAUGCCAAGAUGAUGCCAACACAGGUCAUGGAUUCCUUAAAAUCGAUCUUCCAGUCAGAGGGAGGCCUUGCCGUCACUGAAGCCGAACAGCUUUUACGGGAUCUGGAGCGAGCCGGUCGAUUCCAGACAGAAACCUGGUCCUGAUCCUCCUGACAACUGACACCUUGGUGCUGAGGACCAGACUGCUUGCACUGCGAUACAAACACAAAUUGUAUUUACAUAGCGCCUUUCAUGUCGGAAGGAUGUCCCAGCACCGUCUGCUUACACUGUGGUACCCACUUAUGCAGUACAGUUCAAAUGCAAGUUGUAUGUGGUCUGCUUACACUGUGAUACAGACUCAUAGAUCACUUUAAAAAAAUGCUGCUGAACUGGAGAGUCAGAGCUCCAUUGGUGUUCACCCAUCAGGUGCUCUCUGUUCAAAAUGUAACUGGUCGAGACGUGAUAUAAUUUACAAUGGAGCCAAAAAUUUCCAUCUGAAAUGCCAAUUAUUAAUCGCCAAAACCGCGGACGGUAUCGAACAUUGCUGUUUCAUCAAAUAAAAUACUUGGGAGGAAA